AUCUUUCUAACCAGAAAAACAGAAGAAUUUCCAGUGGCCUAAAACCCUAACCCCUAACAAUAAAAAAUCCAAACUUUGUAUUGUAGAUCCAAAAUCCAUGCUCCGCUUUCUCUUCUGAGUAUAAUCCCACAACUGCCAUUCACUCACCUCAUGUUUCGCAGACUUGGUUUCUCUCUCUCUCGCUCUUAUAACCUCCAUUCUCCACCUCUUCACAUCAAUAAAUCCCCAUUUCCCAAACCCUCUAUCUCCUCACAAAUCGCUCAAAAACCCAUUUCUUGCAAACCUUUUGCAUCUUAUACCAAAAUGAGUGAUACCCAGAAACCCAAAUCAACAAUCCCACAUCUUGAAAAAGCCACUAAACCCGAAUUGCUUCGUGCACUUGAAUCCUCUCUGGGUUCUGCUUUUAGCUCAGACCCCAUUCUCCCACCUCCAAAUCCUUUAGUCAUUGUAAUUAGUGGCCCUAGUGGUGUUGGUAAAGAUGCUGUAAUCAAGAAAUUGAGAGAAGUGAGAGAAAGUCUGCAUUUUGUUGUAACUGCAACUAGUAGGCCAAUGAGGCCUGGUGAAGUUGAUGGCGAAGAUUACUUUUUUGUGACAAAAGAGGAGUUUUUAUCUAUGGUUGAAAGAAAUGAGCUUUUAGAGUAUGCACUUGUUUAUGGGGAAUACAAGGGGAUACCCAAAAAGCAGAUUAGAGAAUAUAUGUCAAAAGGGUAUGAUAUUGUGUUGAGGGUAGAUAUACAAGGAGCUGAGACACUGAGGAAGAUUUUAAAGAAUUCUGCUGUAUUUAUAUUUUUGGUCGCGGAGAGCGAGAUGGAGCUUGUGGAGAGGUUGAUUGAUAGGAAGACAGAGACAGCAGAGGCUUUGCUUGUGAGGGUUUCUACAGCAAGAGAGGAGAUGAAGCAUGUCAAGAAUUUUGAUUAUGUGAUUGUAAAUGGUCAGGGGAAGUUGGAAAAUGCGGUGAAGCUGAUGGAAUCAAUUAUUGAUGCUGAGAAGGCUAAGGUUCGGCAGAGGAGUGCUGUGAUAUAGCUGGAAGGUUUUCUUUUUAACUUUUGUUCUUGAGGAAAGAUGAGAUUAUAGGCCAAAGUCAUGUUUGAUCAGCUCUUCUCUAAACCUGCCUCUUUGGUGAUGUGCAAGCGUUGCGCAUUAUGCAUGCAAACCUGCAUUUAGAACCAAACUGUCGCAACAUGCAAGUUGCGCCCCGGUCCUGGGAACUAGCAAAUAAUGAGAAAGGGGGACUUGAAGUGGUUUUAUUUGAUGAUUUUAAUGUUUGUGUACAGCACUUAACACUAGGAAACUUUUUCUGUUUUCUUUUUAAUCUCUUCCAUUUAAAGGUUAUUUGGAAAUAAAGAAAUUUUCAAAAGGUGAGCUGAACAUUAAAGGCUGGAGUGAUCUCCAUUCAAGAUCCAGAUCUUGUUGUAUGGAUAGAGGGAUUAUGGAAAGAGGAGCACUACCUGACUAUGUAGCUCACUUAAUAUUUUGAUGUGUACAAUAAAACAAAUAAUUAGUUGUCCGAUUCUAGA